UCACGUGAGAUGCUCCGCUAAGAAUGCGGUGACGUGGGAGAGUUCUGUCAGUGUAGCGGUGUCUGACAGCCAGCUUCCGCGGGCCAGUAGGUACCUCGCCCGGCUGAGGAAACCGACCGGGGUCGCUCCGAGACGGAGCACAGGAGAAGGAAAAAACAAGAAGGUGCGGACUGAAAAACCGAAGCAGGGAGGUGAAGGUAGAUGAGUUGUUGUUUCCGUUUCCCACUCCAGGACUCGGGGAACAUGUUUUGGCUGUGAUUGGACUUAUAUAUGGAAGAUUAUAUAUAUUUUUUCCUAUUCUGCUCAUUUUUAUUACUCCCCUUCUGCCCAACACCAGCUUUCCGAGCAUCGUGAAGUACCAGCCGUACUCCUGCUGCUCUGGCGCUUUUCAGCGGGCUCCCCGAUAGCCGUGCGGGGCGGGGACGCUGUGGUGUUCUUGCUUUCAUUCUGACAUGAAAUAACACAUCCGAGCAGCGGGCCAAACUUGGAUAAAAUCAAAAAACAACGCAGAAACAGAAAGGUGAGGGCGGGAGGAAGGGGAUACGUAAAUGAAGUAGAGGGCAGCAGUGUAGAGCGGCCACAAGACGCAAGGCAGGAGAGGAAGGAGAGGGGGAGUCGCAGCAGGAGGAGAACCAAAACCCGCAGGUUUGUUGAGCUUGUGGGGAUGAGGACGAGGAGGAGGGACCUUACGCAUCGAAGGUGUCAGUGCGAUUAGAAAAACAGGGGGAAGGGAACUAAAGCCCAGAUUGUUUCCAGUCCUGAGAGGCGGUGAUGGCGAGUGCAGGCACCGGGGUCCCUGCUCUCCCUCAGCCGACCGCAGCCCCAUCAGCCACCGCAGCGGCAGCAGCAUGAGGAGGAGGAGAUUUUAACCCUGCUCUAAGCUGCAUCGGAGGGGGUUCAGACAUUCCCCUGACUCCACCAGGAGGCUAACUCCAACCUGUCUGUCAGCUCAGAUAACCCUCUGAUUGUUGACAACCACAUGUUUGCGGUGACUGUAUGUGACCGCCGCCGCCGCCCAUUCUCGAGCAGCAGCAACAGCCUCCUGCGACCCCGACCUGCAUCAUGCAGUGGAGACGGCGGCACUGCUGUCCCAUCAAGAUGACCUGGACCGUCAAGCGCUCCCUCUUUCGGACCCACGUGGCCGGGCUCGUCUCACUGGCCCUGCUCUUCGCCAUUUUCUUAUUUUUCAGCCACCAAGACUGGCUGCCAGGGCACAGUGGGCCUCGCGAAAACCCGCUUGCCUACACUGUCAGGGGCCUCCGAAGUCCCAAGGGAGAGGCGAACCAGAGCAACUCCCUGAGGGGCCUUUGGAGGGAAACAGGGAAUGUUGCACCAAAACAUCUCCUCAACCUCAGCGCUCAGCAGGGUGAGGGAGCAGCAGGAGAGGCAGCAGGCGUGGGGGGAGGAGGAGGUGGAGGAGCCAGAAUGGGUGUAAUGGGGCUCGGGGACUCGAUGAGUACUAACAACACGCUAGAGAAGGAGAUGGGUGUUGGCGGGAGGCUUAGCGCCCAGCCCUAUCGAUACAUCCUGAACGAGCCCUUCAAGUGCAGAGACAGCACACCCUUUCUCAUCCUGCUCAUAGCUGCAGAGCCAGGACAGGCCGAUGCCCGCAAUGCAAUCCGCCAGACAUGGGGAAACGAGAGCGUGGCCAUGGGCCUGGGGUUUGUCCGUCUUUUCCUGCUCGGCACAGGAAAGAGUUCGGACACCCUCCUUCAGAGCAGAAUCGAGGAAGAGAGCCGCGUUUACCACGAUAUCAUUCAACAGGACUAUCAGGACACUUACUACAACCUGACCAUCAAAACUCUGAUGGGCAUGAACUGGGUAGCUACCUAUUGCCCACAUGCUUCCUACGUGAUGAAGACAGAUAGUGACAUGUUUGUCAAUACAGAAUAUCUCAUCCAGAAGCUGCUGAAACCUGAGAUGCCUGCGAGGCAGAGGUAUUUCACUGGCUACCUGAUGAGGGGCUAUGCACCAAACCGAAACAAAGACAGCAAGUGGUAUAUGCCACCAGAGGUGUAUCCAAGCGAGCGCUACCCGAUAUUCUGCUCAGGCACGGGGUACGUGUUCUCAGGGGACAUGGCCGAGCUGAUCUACCAGGCCUCGCUCAGCAUACGCAGGCUGCACCUGGAGGAUGUUUACGUGGGAAUCUGCCUGGCGAAGCUGCGCAUCGAACCAGCACCUCCUCCCAACGAGUUCCUUUUCAACCACUGGCGUGUGUCUUACUCCAGUUGUAAGUACAGCCACCUCAUCACAUCCCAUCAGUUCCAACCCAAUGAACUCAUCAAGUACUGGAACCACUUGCAAAGCAACAAGCACAACGCCUGUAUCAACAUGGCCAAGGAAAAGAGCGGCAGGCACAGACACCGGAAGUUCCACGGAGAGAGGCCUCCGUGAUGGAUCCUGCGAUUACACCCCAUCUCAAAAAAAAAGAAGAAGAAAGAUGGGAAGGAUAGAAAAGCUCAGUGUAACUACAGAUGGUGAAGGGCAUGUUGAACUCUCAGCACUAUACCUUAUGGGGAUAAGCACAUUGUUUUUGUUAUUGUGUACAGUUGAUUCAAACUAUUUUUUUAAUCAAAAAAUGAAAAAAAAAUAUGUAUUGUAAAUCUAUUGAGCUAUUUCCAAAAGGGAGAAUCGGGGACAUUUCUGUGUGAAAUGGAGCGUGCUAAAAAAAAAAAAAAAAAGCUGCAGCUCAAGAGCGGUGUUUAUGAUAAUUCAGGUGCCAACAGAAAGGUGGUAAUUUAUGCUCUUCUCUAAAGGGUAGUACUGUAUGUCACAUUCUACGAAUACACAAAAAAAAGAAAAGAAAAAAAAAGAAAAACAUUAAGACACAAGUGUGUUUACAAAGACAAAGGGAAAUGUACAUGUACUAUGUCAAAAAGUUAUACUACCUAAAUAUGAAUGAAUGAUAUGAACCUUUGACGUUGACCAGUUAUGCUGCCCUGUUUCUCAGUGUUUACUUUCCAGAUCUAUCGAUGAAUACCACCCUAAAGAGAAGGUUUAUCUGUCAUAUACUGUAUUUUAUUUAAAACGAUCGACAUGAACGCACCCAGAAUCACAUCAGAGAUGACUGAGAUUGUAUUUUUUAAAGCUUUACAUUGACUAUGACUCUGCACUUCAGCAAAUGUGCAAUGAAUCUGUUAACGAUUAAACGUUCCAAAAUCA